CCAAGCAAUACAAGCCCAAAACCCCUGUUGGCGGUGUUGCAACGGAUAAGAAGGGAAAAAUAUGCCCCGCCGUGUCUGUGGCUGAUCUCUCAAUCCCCUUUACACCUAUUUCUCUCAUUUCCGGGGUUUCUUACACUCGGUUGCGGAAUUCUUUGUUUGUGAGUUUUAGACUAGGGUUAGGGUUUGCUUUGCAUAAUGGCAACCGCAUCAGUUGCAUUUAAGUCUAGAGAGGACCAUAGGAAGCAGAUUGAAUUGGAAGAAGCGCGUAAGGCGGGGCUUGCCCCUGCUGAGGUUGAUGAGGAUGGAAAGGAGAUUAAUCCUCACAUUCCUCAGUAUAUGUCAUCUGCACCUUGGUAUCUCAAUGCCGAGAAACCUAGCUUGAAACAUCAAAGGAAGUGGAAAUCAGAUCCUAAUUAUACAAAGUCAUGGUAUGAUAGAGGUGCAAAAGUUUUCCAGGCUGAAAAAUAUAGAAAGGGUGCAUGCCACAACUGUGGAGCUAUGACACAUGCUGCAAAGUCAUGCGUGGAAAGGCCCAGGAAAGUGGGUGCAAAAUGGACUAACAUACACAUAGCCCCUGAUGAAAAAAUAGAGACUAUUGAACUUGAUUAUGAUGGCAAGCGAGACCGGUGGAAUGGUUAUGACCCAUCAAGCUAUACCCAUGUUGUUGAAAGAUAUGAAGCUCGAGAUGCGGCUCGAAGGAAGCAUGUGAAGGAACAACAACUUAAAAAAUUGGAGGAGAAAAACGGGAACCAAAAUGCUGAGGAUGGGGUUAAUGAUGUUGACAAUGAUGAGGAUGAUUUAAGGGUAGAUGAAGCCAAGGUUGACGAGAGCAAACAAAUGGACUUUGCAAAGGUUGAGAAGCGCGUGCGAACAACAGGUGGUGGGAGCACAGGAACUGUUAGGAAUUUGCGUAUUCGUGAGGACACAGCAAAAUAUCUUUUAAAUCUUGAUGUUAACUCUGCGCACUAUGAUCCCAAAACCCGGUCCAUGCGCGAGGAUCCUCUUCCAGAUGCAGAUCCAAACGAAAAAUUCUACGAGGGAGAUAACCAAUAUAGGAAUAGUGGUCAAGCAUUGGAGUUCAAGCAUCUCAACAUCCAUGCUUGGGAGGCAUUUGAGAAGGGACAAGAUAUUCACAUGCAAGCAGCUCCAUCACAAGCUGAGUUGCUAUAUAAAAAUCAUAAGGUCAUAAAAGAUAAGUUGAAGACCCGAACAAAGGACACUAUUAUGGAGAAGUAUGGCAAUGCGGCUAGUGAAGAGGAAAUUCCAAGAGAACUUCUAUUGGGACAGAGUGAAAGACAAGUUGAAUAUGAUCGGGCAGGGCGGAUCAUCAAGGGGCAGGAGACUGUACUUCCUAGAAGCAAGUAUGAAGAAGAUGUUCUCAUUAAUAAUCACACAACUGUGUGGGGGUCAUGGUGGAAGGAUCAUCAAUGGGGCUACAAGUGCUGCAAACAGAUGAUUCGGAACAGUUAUUGCACAGGUGCUGCUGGAAUAAAGGCUGCUGAGGCUGCAACUGAUCUUAUGAAGGCUAAUAUUGAUCGUAAAGAGGCAACUAAAGAGGCACCUGCACCAGUGGAGGAGAAACAGCUUGCUACUUGGGGAACUGAGGUUCCAGAAGAUUUAAUUUUGGAUGAGAAGUUACUCGCUGAAGCGCUUAGAAAGGAAGAUGAAAGAAAGAGAGAGGUUAAAGAUGAGAGAAAGCGGAAAUACAAUGUCAGUUGGAAUGAUGAGGUUACUGCUGAAGAUAUGGAGGCAUACAGGAUGAAGAAAGUCCAUCAUGACGACCCAAUGAAGGAUUUCCUCCAUUAAACUUUUGCUGUAUUUAGUUGUAGCGUGCUUCUUCUCUCCCCUUCAGCUUGGUAUGCUUUUGUACUUCUUUAAUAAACACUGAUUAAUAAUAUAAGAUGAGAUGGCUGAUUGAUUGUUAUUGUGAUGAAUCGGAUAACUACAAGGACACCUAAGAUAAGCAAUAGACUUGCUCUAUUAUGGGGUACUUGAUAGA